GACCUGCAAACCCCUCAUCCCCCGAGAGAUCCCAGAGCACCCCGAAAUUGAAACCGAUAUUCACUUUGUUCCAUUUCCUCUCCUAUUAAACUCCCGUUACACCAAACUGGUUUAUCCCCAACAAGUACCGAAAAUCCAGGAAGUUGAUUGCCACAGACAAUUCACCUGUGACAAAUGACUUCCAAGUAAAUGGCUGGUACCAAGUGAAAGACUUGCACCAAACAAUUAGUCGUCUAUGGCCCAUGACAGUGACAAUCCAGAAGUCAUUGGCACCGAGUUCCCGUCAUCAGCUCAGAGAUCAGAGAGCGACUGGUUCUGGGGGAAGGGGAUUACACCUGUGAAGGUCAGCCUCAGUAACAGCGAAGCCAUCGUCACGCUCGCAUCCAGGUUUUCUCGCAAUCAAGGCCAUGGCUAUUAAAAUAUCGCGUAAUCGAGCCGCUAAAUCGAUCGGUACUUUAGUUUCGGUUAUUUCGAUUGUUCUGUGUGCAAGCCCAAGUUGUUGCAGUCCACUAUCGCAAGUUGAUGUGCAUUCGACUGAUAACGGAGAGCCAGGCCUCUGGAUGCAGGAGACCAGGGAUUCUUCCAUAAUCAAUGGAUUACCUCAGAAUAAAUUAGUGCAAAUUACUGAGGAAGGCUACCCUCGACGAAUCACUCAAUCCUCUUUUCGGAGGAAGCAACUCCAUUGGCUUCCGAUUUGGUCCAGCGCCCGGGGGUUUUCCCUCUCUAACAUCCUGGAGACGGUCCUCGAUGUCGUCUCCGACAGUUUCAGUUCGCUCGUCAGCAAUGUGAUCGGGCCAGAAUCAAAAAACGGAAAAACAAUGAUCAGCAGAGUGAGUUAUAAAGGGCAUCAGUUGCUCCGGAUUCAUCCGGUAAGUCAACAACAGGUCGAGGAGUUGCGGGAGAUGCGAGACUCCGAGGCUGAGGAGAUCAAGUUCUGGACACAACCAGCUGGCAACAAGUCAACGGAUAUCGUCGUGUCACCCGAUAUUAUUGACGACGUCAGAGACUACCUGAGGGACAAGAAUAUCGAUUUCAAGGUUCUCAUUCCCGAUAUCCAGAAGACCAUCGCUUAUCAGAACCCUAAGAUGUCGAAGGAGCAGAGGGACGAUCUCGUCAACGUCCAGGGACACUCCAUGACGUGGAAACGAUAUCAUCGAUUUGCUGAAAUUAUGAAAUACCUGGAAUACCUCGCGUUCACCUACCCAACAUUAGUAGAACUUGAAACAAUUGGGCACAGCUUCGAAGGUCAGCCCCUGAAAGUCGUAAAAGUUUCAACAGGACGAGGUAAAUCCGGUGCAAAACCAGCUGUUUGGAUCGACGCAGGAAUGCACGCGAGGGAGUGGAUAGGACCAGCUGUUGCGACCUACAUCCUGAGUCAGUUGGUGGAGAAAAAUUCGACGUACGCUAAACUCCUUGACACGACAGAUUGGAUGAUCCUGCCCUUGGCCAAUCCUGAUGGCUACGAGUACAGCCACACCGGGGACAGACUCUGGAGAAAAACCCGGAGUACUCACCAGGAGGAUAACCAGUCGAGUCGGUAUACGCCAGCCGGUCUAUUUCACCUCGUGACACACUACACCCAGUGGCUGUGGGGCAAGUGCGAGGGUGUGGAUCCAAAUCGAAAUUUCGAUUAUCACUGGGGCGAGGACAGAAACUACAGGAGAGGUGGUGCAAGCAACGAUCCUUGUCAUGAGACCUACGAGGGUCCUCGAGCCUUCUCCGAGCCCGAGACCAAGGCCAUGGCUGAUUACAUCAUGGCUAAUCGACACAAUAUAAAGCUGUACUUGACUCUUCACUCUUACAACCAGAUGUGGCUGGUUCCGUGGGGUCACACUCACGCGAAACCUGCAGAUUACGCUGAGCUUGCAAAAAUCGCCCGAAAAGCUGCCAAAGCCAUCGCCAAGGUGCAUGGCACUGCGUACAAAGUGGGUUCGUCAGCAGAUCUCCUCUACCCCACGACAGGUGCAUCGGACGAUUGGGCAAAAGGGGUUGCGGGGAUAAAGUACUCGUAUACCUUGGAGCUCAGGGAUCGGGGAACUUAUGGAUUUUUAUUGCCAGCAACUCAGAUUAUUCCAACAGCUAGGGAGACCUGGGCUGGGGUCAGAGCCAUCGCUCGUUUGGUCUCUAAUGACACUUGAAUCUGUUAUUUAUUCUUGAGUAACUCUAGGUCAAUUAAUUAAAUCGUGGAUCGGUCCACAUGAAGAUACCUCAUCUCCACCAGGUGCUUGAUUCGUGAGGAAUCGAAUUCUCCAAUGAUUAUUUUUAAUUACAAUCAUUGUGUCAAGAGAUUGUGAAAUCACUUGUAUUUAUUCUAGAUUAUUUAAUUAUUUAAUCAUUUAUGUUUUGUGGAAUCACUAUAAUCAUAAAUCGAAGUUGUACAUAAUCAAUAAAU